AAACUAUCUCGCGCCAUGAUCGCUGCCAAGUUGAAGCAGCUAAAUCGGUUAGACAGUCGUCACCGUGGUGUCAUGGGAAAGAUCGGCUACGUGAUCGCGCUUGCCGCGCUGUUUCUGGGUCUAGGUUAUAACUACUAUUUCACCUACGACUACGUUCACGUGACCAUCGACAAAGGUGUGAUUCGCGGAUUCAAAACCACCACCUGGCGCGGCGUUCCAUUCUUCAGUUUCAAGGGAAUACCCUACGCACAACCACCGCUGGGGAAGCUCAGGUUCAAGGCUCCACAAGAGGAAACUGCGUGGUCGGGAGUCCGAGAUGCGGUUUCGCACGGCAGCAUAUGUCCGCAACUCGACGUAGCGUUGCCCAUUUUACGGGGUGACGAGGACUGCCUCUUCAUCAACGUCUACACCCCGUCUUUGGGAUCCGAACGCCUCUCCGUUAUGUUCUGGAUCCAUGGCGGAGGUUUCGAGCAAGGUUCCGCCAAUGACGAGAUUUACGGUCCGGACUAUUUCAUGGGAACCGGCGUUAUCCUUGUCACAGUGAACUAUCGCCUUGGCGCACUCGGGUUCCUUUCUUCCGGGGACGACGAUGCCCCCGGCAACACUGGACUCAAGGACCAGGCUGCGGCACUCCGCUGGGUAAAGCGGAACAUUGCAAGAUUUGGCGGAGACCCUGAGAAAGUCACCAUAUUCGGGGAGAGCGCGGGAAGCGCCUGUGUCCAUUAUCACAUCCUGUCCCCGAUGUCGGCCGGCCUCUUCUCACGCGCUAUCGGCCAGAGUGGAUCGUCUCUGAAUAACUGGGCCUAUACCAAUGACGGGGCCGCGGUUACGAUACGACUCGCCGAAUAUUUGGGGGCAAAAAAUCUCGGCCAGAACACGAAACGGGCUGUCGAUUUUUUGAGGACUGCGCCCUACUCGGACAUCGUCAAGGCUCAGCAAGCGCUGAAAACUCCGGAGGAGGUCAGGAUACGGAAGGCUUUUCUUUUCGUGCCGACCGUUGAAAAGGGUGUCAAGUCCGAGGAGGUCUUCAUGCCCGAUUCACCUCUGAAUUUACUGAAAUCUGGCAACUUCAACAAAGUCCCGUUCAUCACUGGCUACAACAGUCACGAAGGCUACUUCUUUACGAAAGCGAUAGCGAAACCGGAGAUAAGAAAAAUGGCUCUUGAGGACACGGAGCGAUACGUCCCACAGGAUAUCAAGAAUGAGGUGCUGCGAAACGAGCUAGCUACCUCCAUUCGCAAGUUUUAUUUCAAAGACAAACCAGUCCACCCUGACAAGAUCGACGAUUUCGUAAACCUUCACUCGGAUAUAACAUUCAUAGCAGGAACCAACUUGGUAGUGAAACUUCUGCUCCGUCAUAGCCAGGCGCCCAUUUAUUACUACGUUUUCGAGUACACCGGGAAGCUAAACCUCGUUAAGUUCAUACUAUGGAUAGAACAUCUUCCAGGUGCGUCCCACGGUGACGAUCUUGGAUACUUGUUUUAUCAGAGAAUUUUGUUCUGGAGAAAACCGGUGGCUGGUUCAGACGAUGAGCACGUGAUCAACACAAUGAUCAGACUCUGGACGAACUUCGCUAAGUAUGGGAAUCCGACACCGAACGAGGAUCCCUUGACUUGGAAGCCCGUAACUCCAGACGAAUUCAACUUCUUAAACAUUUCUGGACGUGAUACCAGACUUCAGAUAAAUCCUAAUCAAGAACGUCUCCGAUUCUGGGAUGAGGCUUACCAAAAAUCAACGAUAAUCGAUUAUUGACGUCGAAUGUCAAUGAAAUAGUGCCAUGUAACUUAUUGAUUGACCCAGUUUUAUAUUUAUUCAUUUGCAUAUCACAUUGAUAAAUCCUGAUUAUAUUUCAGACAUAUUGCAUACACUGUAAUCACUGUUGAUUUGAAUGUAUAGUCAAAAUAAUAAAGAUAUUUAAAAAAUC